AGAUCUAUCCGUCGUUCGUUGGGAUAGAAAUAAGAUCCCCGAGGAAACGAGAGAGCUCUCAAGAUUCUCUCCCCCCUCUCCUCUUUCCACCCCUCUCUCGCUCUCUCUGCUCUCCGAGGAGAAGACCAGGCGAUGGGGAAGCUCGCGGCGAUGCUCGUCCUCGCCGUCCUGGCGCUGUCUUUAGCCGAUCAGGCGAGAUCCGACGCCUCCGACCACCGGUACAAGGAGGGUGACGCGGUCCCCCUGUAUGCCAACAAGGUCGGCCCAUUUCACAAUCCCAGUGAAACUUACCGCUACUUCGAUCUUCCAUUCUGCAUUCCAGCUCACUUGAAAGAGAAAAAGGAGGCUCUUGGUGAAGUAUUGAAUGGGGAUCGUCUCGUCAGUGCUCCAUACAAGUUGGACUUCCUAAAGGAUAAGGAGUCAGAUGUUGUUUGCAAGAAACGGCUCAAGAAGGAAGAAGUAGCCCGGUUCCGCUCUGCUGUCAUUAAGGACUACUACUUUCAGAUGUACUAUGAUGACUUACCGAUUUGGGGCUUCAUUGGUAAGGUGGAUAAGGAAGGCAAAGAUCCUAGCGAGUACAAGUACUUCCUCUACAAGCAUAUUCACUUUGAUAUCUUCUACAACAAGGACAGAGUGAUUGAGAUCAACGUUCGCACAGACCCUAAUGCCCUUGUAGACCUAACAGAGGACAAAGAAGUCGAUGUUGAGUUUAUGUACACGGUUAAGUGGAAGGAAACCACCACUCCUUUUGAGAAGAGAAUGGAUAAAUAUUCGCAGUCAUCAUCUUUGCCCCAUCAUUUGGAGAUCCAUUGGUUCUCAAUCAUAAACUCGUGCGUCACUGUUCUUCUCUUGACUGGAUUUCUUGCCACAAUUCUCAUGCGAGUGCUCAAGAAUGAUUUUGUCAAGUAUGCACAUGAUGAAGAAUCAGCCGAAGACCAGGAAGAAACUGGGUGGAAAUAUAUUCAUGGUGAUGUGUUUAGGUACCCGAAAUACAAGUCGCUGUUUGCAGCUGCACUUGGUUCUGGCACUCAGCUGUUCACUCUCACUAUCUUUAUAUUCAUCCUGGCGUUAGUUGGUGUGUUUUAUCCCUACAAUCGGGGUGCUCUGUUCACUGCAUUGGUGGUUAUCUAUGCACUCACGUCAGGAAUAGCAGGAUACACUGCUACCUCGUUUUAUUGUCAACUGGAGGGAUCAAACUGGGUUAGGAAUCUGUUGUUGACUGGAUGCCUUUUCUGUGGGCCCCUGUUUCUCACAUUCUGCUUCCUCAACACUGUUGCAAUUGCAUAUACAGCCACUGCUGCUCUUCCUUUCGGCACUAUUGUGGUAAUAGUUCUCAUUUGGACUCUUGUAACGUCACCAUUGCUGGUAUUAGGUGGGAUUGCAGGGAAAAAUAGCAAAGCAGAGUUCCAAGCACCUUGCCGCACCACUAAAUAUCCCAGAGAGAUUCCUCCGCUGCCUUGGUACAGGGGAGCGAUCCCGCAGAUGGCAAUGGCUGGUUUCCUACCAUUCAGUGCUAUAUAUAUCGAGCUUUACUAUAUAUUUGCCAGUGUUUGGGGCCACAGGAUCUACACAAUUUACAGCAUCUUGUUCAUUGUGUUUAUCAUCCUCCUGAUAGUCACAGCUUUCAUUACUGUGGCUUUGACAUAUUUCCAACUCGCUGCGGAGGACCACGAGUGGUGGUGGAGAUCUUUCCUCUGUGGUGGAUCGACUGGCCUAUUUAUCUAUGCCUACUGCCUGUACUACUACUAUGCUCGGUCAGACAUGUCGGGUUUCAUGCAGACUUCCUUCUUCUUCGGCUACAUGGCAUGCAUCUGUUACGGGUUCUUCCUCAUGCUUGGCACCGUUGGAUUCCGCGCUGCUCUGCUCUUUGUCCGUCACAUAUACCGGUCGAUCAAGUGCGAGUAGGUAGCACGCCAUGCCCCUGACGAAAUCUUUAUUCUUCCCUUCUUCCUCCCCUCUCUUUUCCUUUUUGUUUUGGUUCAUAGGUGCUGUGUAGAGAGGGUUUUAUCAAGUAAGUUUUGUAGCGCAUUCUCUUGUCUCGAAAGCAGAAGCAAUGGCCUCAAUCUCACCAAAGUAUGUUGCUUCUUUAGGGAUUCUGAUUUUACUUACGAUAUGGUUGAACUGUUUGUAUGGAAAUAGUAUGUAUCAUCACUUGCUCGGAGGAAAUGCAUUUCUUUUCAACUCUC